AUGAGUACCGCCGCCCCUGGGCCGGCGCCAGCUGUGACAAAGCCUGGGAAAUGCCAGCGUAUCGUCUUCAUUGGUAGCACCAGAUACCUUGUCGAGCACAAAUGGAGAUUCGACGCUGCUCGCAACAAGGUGCGGUUGGAGACAAAGUUUGUGAAUAAGAAGAGCCCCAAUAGGCCCUCGGAUAAGGAAACACGUUACGUCGAGAACACUGAAGAGGCUGUAAGCUCGGAAGCGUUAGAGAUGGCUGACAGAGUUCUGAAGAAGAAGCGAGAUGUGUUCCUGCGGGAGAACGGGGGGGACGCUGGUGGCAGCAGCAGCGGCAAGAAGAGGCGGAGGAACGCUGACGACGAACUAGCUGACCCAGUCAUCGUGGCUUUGCGGGGUGGCGGAAGGACUCGAUCUGGGGUGGAAACGGGCAAGCCAGAUGAACAAGAGGAUGCGGAAAGUUUCCUGGCUUUCUUGAACAGCAAGGAGUCAUCAAGCGACGCACUAGAAUUCUUGGCAUCUAAGGGUUUGGACGCUGCGAAGGAAGUCCGUCGCCGUAUUCGAGAGCUGGACGUUUUGGCAAGGGUCGGAGCUUCGUUGAAGAGAGCGAUUGAGCAGGCGCAGAAGCAACGAAGCACCAGCGACGGGCAUCGAACAUGGCAAACACUUCUCACUGCGGCGGCCUUCAUGGUCGAAGAUGAGGAGGGCUCGCAGCUAUCGGCCCAACGGACGGCCGCCGCGAUUAACGUCCGCAGACAGAGCUUUAACUUCGCGGUAGGCCGUGCCAAAAAGUUGAACCCCGAUGUCCGUCCGACCGAGGCGUUGAAGGACGGUGUCUACUGGUUCUCCCCCCGAGCCAAGAGGAGCGACGCAGCCAGCGAUGAACUGGUAUCGUUAAUGCGGCAAUACUGGCACACGGACGAGGUGUCGCGCGCGAGCGGCAACUCGGCCGACCGUGACAUGUGGAUUUCGUCCAAGUCCCCCAACGCUGAACGCCAUCCUAGGCGGCAGCUCAUCGAAGUGGGCGGGGGCGACGCGGUGUACGCGAAGUUCCUCAAGUGGGCGGACUACAGGAGCUUCAAGUCACGACAGGGGCCCGAAUUCACUGACCCCGGCCGCACGCUCUUCCUAUCGACGCGGUGCAAGUGCCAAACCCUUCCUGUCAUGGAACAGUGUGCGUGCAAGAUCCACUCGCAACAGGUGCUGUACAUCGAGGCGUUGGCGAACGUCGACAUGGCCAGCCACGGAGACUGCUCGUGCCGAUGGUGCACCGUGGACGGAGGCAGCAAAUGGCGGGAGACUUGGAAGCACCUAGGAACUUUCUCCGAUGCGAUCGCUUGCCCGAAGGUGAACUUGCGUGCAGAGGACCCGGAAGAUAAUGUUGGGUUCAUGGGGCGGAAACCGGAAUGUAGCGCCUUCAAGUGCAAGGAGUGUGGGUUCGGGGGGGCCAAGGGAAUCCCCACCUGCACCAGGCUGGAGACUUCUCAGAAGACGGUCGAGUGGAAGGAGUUCGAGGAUGUGAUCACGGUGCCUGCUUCGGCAGAUGGGAAGAUCAAAGCCAAGAAGCUCGCGAACCAGACCAUUCCCAAAGAGGGCAGGCUCUGCGACCUGUGGAAGGCCUUCAAACAGGACAGCAAGCUUUACAUGGCUCAUCACGCGACCGCCAAACACCACUUCGUGGGGGCCAACACUCCCAGGAACGACGCGCAAACCACGACGGAAGACCCCGAAGACAUCAAGCUGGCGCUGAAAAGGGAGGAGGGGGGUCGUUCGACGGGAGAAGAGGAGAGUCGAUUGGCGGGGCUUGGGGGGGUCAGAGUGAUGCAAGUUUCGGGAAGGUGGAAAGGGGUCGAGGGAAGCGGACCUGUCGAACCGAUGUCGGGCGAGGAGGUGGUUGUUGUGAGGAAGGAGACCCGGGUGCACAUGCUCAGAACCCGUUUGGCGUCGUGUUUUUGCUCGGCGUGCCAGCGUUUUCAGUACGAGGACUGCUACGUCAACCGGGCGUACCCGGACCUGGUUCCCCCAAUGAGGGAGGGUAAAGUGAAGGAAACGGUCAUCAUGGACACCGGAGUAGCGCUGGAAAGCGAAGGCAAAGCUGGCAUCACUUUCAGGUCCCGACAAAGCACGUGUGAGAUGGCGAGGCUCACUGGGACUCAGUGGGAAGCGAGCGACUCGAAGAUUGCUUUCAAUUUGUGGAAGGAGCUUGAAAGAGAGGAAGAAUCCACACUUCUUGUCCGUUUCCGGAGACAGCCGGGGAUAUAAUUGUGCUGCUUCUUUUGUUUGUUGUUGGACGUCGUUUUAGGCGUAAACGUGCGUGGUGAGAUCGGAAACGUGAGAGUAGGGGGCGAGGUGGCAAUUGCACGUUGCGAUUGGCGUUAACGGUGUGUUUUGGUAUCGGAAACGUGGGGAUAGGGGCGAGGUGGCGUGUAAAUUUUGUUGGAAAUUGUUUGUGAUGAUGCCGUUCUUGGCAACGUCAAUAUUCACGUCGAUAUCUCAAAAAUGAAAACAAGAAAAAAAAAUCUGAUCACGGAUUCGUAAUCCCCAUCCCAAAAUUACCAUGACCUGAAAUUUUCAGCUGGGUUGGACACUUUUUUUAUUCCGGGGAUUGUUUUGGACCAUCCCCGCUUUUUGCGUUUUGGUGAAAUAUUCCCAGGAAUAAGAUGGAAUCGAUUGAAACCCGGCAAGAAACAUGUGUAAAAAAAAAAAAGAAUCGUGUGGUGCCCAUCUCAUACCUCAAGACCCUCCCAAAAAACAAAAUCGAGGUCCGCGCCGUUCGGCAGCAGGAGGCGCGCUGCCCGAAAGCUGAAUCAAAACAAAAAGAAGUUUGAAGAGAGGACGGGGCAGUGUAUGGUUGCCGCGUCAGCAGAAGAAAACACGCGGCGCGCCAUCGAACGCGGCAGCCUCACCGUCGUAGAGAGAACGCUGAAGGAAACGAAAGAAGAGUUGUUGGUCAAAAGUAAGAAAAUUGUGGAAGAGAGCCAGGACCUCGCUGCCGCCGUCGCCGCC